GCCAAGUGCUGCAGCUGCAGGGCGGGGCUGUUAUUGCAGCCGUGCUGCCUGCGUUUUUUGGCAGCGUUUCCCUGUUGCCGGUGGAGCCGGCGAGGUUCAGGACGGCGUCGCAGGGCUGGGGCUGCUGCGGCCCGAUGAGUCGUGGUGAGAUAUGGCCCUGCAGCGCCGCCCUUGAGGAGGGGCAGGUUAGGCACAGGCCCAGUGCCUGGAAAUGCCCCAAGGAGCUGCCCUCUCGGUGGGGCCACAGAGGUGAAAUCUGGGUGGGUGUCAGCCCCCUGCCGUGUGCUGAGGGGCUGGGAGGGAGUGGCCCGGCUCAGCAGCCGUGAAAUGGUUAAUCUGGCAUUCCUCUGCCCCCCUCCCCCCAUGCCUGCAGGGUGCCCAGCCCAGCCUGGAGCAGUCGGGUCCUUGAGACUUGAGACAGGCUGAGCUAGUCGGAGCUCAGCGAAGGUCCUUGCUGCGCUAUCUCCUCGCUGGCUGCUUGCCGGUGGGAAGUGGGUGAAGGGGCAGCCCUGGGCCGAGGGCACCUUGUUGCAGCUGGUUGGGCUGCGGCAUGUGCCCCCUCCCUGUGUGCUGUGCCAGCCCCUGGCACUGGGGCAGGGGAAGAGUCAGUAGGGGCUGCCCUCCCUGCCUGCUCACCGACCCUCUCUUCUCUUCCAGCUCGGCGGCUGUGCGUGAUGGUGGCAGGGCCUGAGGCGCGUGCCAGAGGCACUGGGGGCCGGUGACUGGUGCCGGCACAGCCCCUGCAUGGCCCGUGACAGGUAGAGCCGAGUGCGAGGCCAGCACGGCUGCAUGGCCGGCCUGGGCAGAGCCGGUGGGCGCAGGAGUCUGUAGUGUGGCGGGCCGGCAGCGUUGCCAUGGCGUUCACGGUGGCGGAUUACACCGUCUUCGUGCUGCUGCUGGUGUUCUCCUCCGCCAUCGGGCUGUUCUACGCGCUGAGCGGUGGCCGGCAGCGCACGGUGCAGGAGUUCCUGCUGGCCAACCGCAGCAUGAGCUUCCUGCCCGUGGCCCUGUCCUUGCUGGCCACCUUCCAGUCGGCCGUGGCCAUCCUGGGUGUGCCAGCCGAAAUCUACCGCUUCGGCACCGAGUACUGGUUCCUGGGCUGCUGCUACUUCCUGGGCCUCCUCAUCCCGGCGCACGUCUUCAUCCCUGUCUUCUACCGCCUCCACCUCACCAGCACCUACGAGUACCUGGAGCUGCGCUUUAACAAGGCUGUGCGUGUGUGUGGCACCGUGACCUUCAUCUUCCAGAUGGUGAUUUACAUGGGGGUCGUUCUCUACGCACCCGCGCUGGCUCUCAAUGCAGUGACUCAGUUUGACCUCUGGGGGGCGGUGCUGACCAUGGGCCUGGUCUGCACUCUGUACACCACCCUGGGCGGGCUGAAGGCCGUCAUAUGGACUGACGUCUUCCAGACGCUGGUGAUGUUCGCAGGGCAGCUGGCCGUCAUCGUGGUGGGCACCAUCAAGGUGGGCAGCAUGGGGCGGGUCUGGCAGCUGGCGGCUGAUCAGGGGAAGAUCUCUGGAAUUGACCUCAACCCCGACCCCUUUGAGCGUCACACCUUCUGGACCCUGGCCAUCGGGGGCGUCUUCAUGAUGCUGUCACUGUACGGCGUGAACCAGGCCCAGGUGCAGCGCUACCUGAGCUCCCGCACCGAGCGGGAGGCUGUGCUCUCCUGCUACGCCGUGUUCCCCUGCCAGCAGGUGGUGCUCUGCCUCAGCUGCCUCACGGGCCUUGUCAUGUUUGCCUAUUACCAGGAGCAUCCGCUCACGGCAGCCCAGAGCCAGGCCUCCUCGGACCAGCUGGUUCUGUACUUCGUCAUGGACGUCCUGAAGGACCUGCCCGGCCUGCCCGGCCUCUUCGUUGCCUGCCUCUUCAGCGGCUCCCUGAGCACAAUUUCCUCGGCCUUCAACUCCCUGGCCACGGUGACCAUGGAGGACCUGAUCCAUCCCUACUUCCCCGGCCUGCGGGAGUCCCGUGCCACGCUGCUCUCCAAGCUGCUGGCUCUCAGUUAUGGCCUGCUCUGCCUGGGGAUGGCCUACCUCUCCUCCAUGAUGGGCCCCAUGCUGCAGGCUGCCAUCAGCAUCUUCGGCAUGGUGGGUGGCCCGCUGCUGGGACUCUUCUGCCUGGGGAUGUUCUUCCCGUGUGCCAACCCCACCCCUCUCGGGGCUCCAGAAAUUCUACAACCUGUCGUAUAUGUGGUACAGUGCCCACAACUCCACCACCGUCAUCCUGGUGGGCCUGCUGGUCAGCCUGCUCACAGGCCCCACCAAGGGAGCGACCAUCAACCCUCGCACCAUCUACCCCGUGCUGCCCCGGCUGCUCUGCUGCCUGCCCCAGAAGUACCGGGAACGGCUGAGCUGUGGGGUGGUCUGCUCCGCAGAGGACGGGGGCUGCGAGGAGCCAGUGCCCCAUGCCCCGGAGAAGACCAGCAAUGGGAUGCUGAAUGGCCCCAUCGUGGGCCUGGCCCGUGCGGAGGAGGCAGAGGGCGAGGGCUUUGCCAGGACGGAGGGCACUCACACCUACAUCCUGCAGGAGACGUCGCUCUGAGCAGGGCCCAGGCGGCAGAGCAGGAGCUAGUGUCCAGCCACUGGGAGUGGAACGCAAAGGCCCUGCUGGGAGCACCGGCCUCGCCCUGGGAACGGCCCUGCUGAGCGUGCACAGCACGAAGGGGCUGAUCCCCUCCUGGGGUGGGUUCCUUCCCCCCCCCCCCCGGCGCUCCCUGCCCCUGGCUCAGGGCUCCACGCACACUCAGGCCGCAAAGCACCAAAUGACCCAUGGGUGGCUGGUGCCCACCCUGCGCUACUGGAGCCCGGCUCAUGGAGUCAGGCCCCAGCCUGGGGCUGGUGUAGUCCUGCCUUGCUGGCCACUUGCCCACAUGCCCUGGGGGGCACAGGGGUUAACUGCUGUGAUGUGCCAAGCCCGGGGGCGGGGAGAGACCCCACUGGUUCAUAGGCCCGGAGCUGGGCCGUGCAGUGAUGUACCGGGCAAUGCUGUGAGGGGCCCAGCCGGCCUCCCGUUGUGUGGGACCAGGUGCCUGGGGCCAGGCCCUCAUUUCUAUGUCCACUAAUCCCUGCAGUCAGUCCAUCCAUCCAUCCUUGCGCAGGCCUCCCCUGCCCAUGGGGGGUGGAGGGGGUGUCUGCAGGACCCCUGGACCCCCCGCAUUUCCUGAGGUCUGGGCUGUCUGCCCCUGGAGCCAAGGGCUCUGUCCCUCAGCCUCCCACUGGCCUGCUCUGUGCUCCAACGCUGAGAUGGGCCCUGCUCUAAGUCUUUGGUGCCUCCUAACAGACUCUGCCCUGGCCCUACCCGGCGGAGGCCACAUGCCUUUCCCUGCCAUCGGGCCCCAGCCCCUGGGCUCAGGUUGGCUCAUGACGGGGGGGCGAGGCUGGGAGCCAGCCCCAUGGGGAACUGGCAGGAGGCUGAGUGGGCCCAGCCCAGGGCAGCAUCCUCCUGCUCUGGCUGUGGGGUGCUGGGAAUCUGCACUGCAGCACUCGAGCCCCGUUUGCACCAUGCCAGGUGCUACCCCAAGCUGCACGGCAUGCUGGGAGCUGUAGUUUGCUCAGGCCCGGGCUCCAGCUGCAGGUGGAGAUGAUGGACCAGCUGCAUUCCUGGGGGCCGUGGAGACUGCGGCUCUGCCCUUGGCACCUGGGCCGUUAGCUGGGCUCAGAGCCCUUGCUGUGCCCUGGCGCCUGGUGCUGCACCACUUUAGACUCCCCUUCGCCCUGGCGCAGAGCCCAGCCUGUGCCCUCCAUGUUACCAUGGGGGUCAGUGACUGUGCUGUGGAGUAGAUUGGUGGUGACGCAUGCAGCCACGUGGCGGGGCCAGCAUGGGUGCCCCAGGCAUGGCUCUCCCAGCAGGGGGGCUCGGGCUGGGGCACGCUGGCUGCUCCUGCGGGAGCUAGUGGGGGUACAUAGGGCCACAGCUACAAUUUGCAGUGAUGCCCCCUGCUGACAGCCCUCCCAUAGCCAAUGUCCCAUGCUUGCAGCCUCCUGCCCCCAGCUCACAGUGCCCCACAGCCAGUCCCCCUGUUCUCAGACCCUCCACCCCAUCCCUGACCCCUGCUUGCAGCUCCCCACAGCCAGUGCCGCCACUCACAGCCCCCCAUCCCUGCCGCCUGGGGCCGUUCCCUGAUUCUGUUCAAUGAAUUGUUCUAAUUGUUCGUUAAUUGUCUCUUGCCCCCAGCACCUGGGGCCAUUGUCUCAGUAAAGUGAUUCUCUGUGAUUAUGCUGC